AUGAUUUUAAUAUUCUCAUUAAAAUGUGAUGCUCAAACAUCAAAGCCGAAAAAGGUGUCCGACAUCUCGGAGACGCGACUUAUCGAAGUAGGUGUAGUGGAUCAGGGAAAGAAAAAACACAACAAGAUUAAAACAUCCAAAUACACCUUUCUUAUGUUUCUGCCCAAGAACUUAGCGGAGCAGUUCCGUAGAGUUGUCAACUUUUACUUCUUGUUUGUCACCGUUAUCGCUAUUGUUAUUGAUAGUCCCGUAUCACCGUAUACUAGCAUAGCGCCAUUGAGUUUUAUGGUGCUCGUGACAGCUGUCAAACAAGGUUAUGAAGACUGGCUUCGACAUAAAGCAGAUGAUAAAGUCAACAACCAAAUAGUGGAAAUAGUUCACAAAGGAGUUAUAAAGGAAGUUCGGAACUCUACUAUUGCCCCCGGUGCCCUUGUGAGAGUCAAAAGGGGAUGGGAGGUACCAGCCGAUCUGGUUCUCUUAUGUUCUGCUGGUGAAAGAGGAAAAUGUUUCAUCACCACCGCAAAUUUAGAUGGAGAGACCAAUUUGAAGACCCUCAGGGUUCCACCACCUUUGGUUGGAUACACCCCAGAUAUAAUUCCGCCCGGUAUCCGCAUAGAACUACCACAUCCGGUCGCAGAUCUUUACACGUUCUACGGUCGAUUGGAAAUACCCGGCCAACCCAGUUUACCAUUAAAUACUGACAAUAUAAUGCUCAGAGGAUCCCGAGUGAAGAAUACUGAGUGGGCUAUUGGAUGUGCCGUCUAUACUGGUGAAGAAACAAAACUGGCUCUUAACUCUAAAUAUUCAGGGAACAAAUUUUCAUCAAGCGAAUCUGCUGUCAACGGAUUCCUUGUGCUACUCAUCUACGUUCUCCUUUUCGAAGUGAUUGGUUCUUUCGUGGCCAAAAUACUCAUAGAAAUGUGGAAUCCAAAAAGACUUGAAUAUUUCGGCUUUGAAGACGUCUUUCCAUUAACAGCCUCAAGUGUUCUACAGGACCUCUUCUCUUUUCUCCUCUUGUACUACUACAUCAUACCCAUCUCUUUGUACGUCACGAUAGAGCUGUAUAAAUUUAUUGGUGCCCUCUUCAUCGGUUGGGAUGAAGAACUCCGCUGCGAAGAGACUGGCAGACCAGCAAUCGCCAAUACCUCUGAUCUCAACGAAGAGUUAGGUCAAGUAGAGGUGCUCUUCUCGGACAAAACUGGCACUCUUACAAAGAACCUUAUGGCUUUCAAAGCAUGUUCCAUAAAAGGACAGAUUUAUGAAGAGAGGGAAGGAAGAUUGUUUGAUACUGGGAAGUUUGAUGAAGCCGUUGAUACUCUUCAGACAGAUCUUAAAUUUUUCUUCACAAUACUCGCGCUGUGUCACUCGGUUCAACUCUCGAACGAAGACAUGAAAAAAUUAAGCGCACGUCUUUCCGGAACUGGAAAUAUGCAGUUAAUGAACUUCUUUCGACGGAAAAAGAUUACCAAAGCGAAUGGAAAUAGUAGUGUUAUUGAUAGCGUUACAUGGAACGCCAUUUUGAAUGAAAACGGCAGUAAAAUGGACUACCAGGGAAGCAGCCCCGACGAAAAAGCCUUAGUAGAGGCAGCUGACAGGUUUCAAGUGACCUUUUUGGGCGAUGAAGGGAACAAUCUGGUACUAAAGGUCGGAACUAUUACGGAGAUGUAUGAACGACUUCAGUUGAUUGAAUUUACGUCUGAAAGAAAGCGGAUGUCUGUCAUCGUAAAGGAUAAAGAUGGGAAGAUAUGGCUAUUUUGUAAAGGUGCGGAAUCCUCAGUGUUUCCUAUAUGCAAGGAUUCGGUACAAAUAGAAGAGACGGAAAGAGAUAUCACUGCCUUUGCCACUAAAGGUCUUAGGACCCUGGCUGUUGCUUACCGGGAGAUACCCACGGAGGAGUAUGACAGAGUCGCUGAAUCCAUAAAACAUCUUGACGGCUCAAGCGCAGAAGCCCUACAGCGUGUGAACCAACAGUAUGUAGUACUGGAGCAACAAUUGACACUGCUUGGUGCAACAGCUGUGGAAGAUUGUCUUCAAGAUGAUGUUGAAGAUACUCUCGCGUCUCUGCGAAGAGCCGGAAUCAAAAUCUGGGUGCUUACUGGAGAUAAGGUAGAAACAGCAAUUAACGUCUCCCAAUCGUGCGGCCAUAUAUCCGAGAACGAUCGUCGAAUGUUUCUUAUAAGCGUCGAAGACGAGCUCGCUCUACAGCAAACUCUAGAGCUUUGUAGGCAGACGGUAGAAGAACCGGGCUAUCAGGAUUUGACGUUGGUGGUUGAUGGAGUCAGCAUGGCGAAUGUCCUGGAUACGGUGUAUGCGAGGGACUUCGUUGAUAUCUCCCUCAAGUGCAGCGCAGUGUUGUGCUGUAGACUAUCGCCGAUACAGAAAGCUAAGAUUGUUAAGUUAGUAAAGAAUUGUUCGGAGCACCCGAUUACAGCGGCCAUAGGAGAUGGCGCCAACGACAUCUCCAUGAUACAAGAGGCUCACGUGGGCUUCGGGAUAUUCGGGAAGGAGGGACAUCAAGCUGCCAGAUCGGCUGACUUCGCCUUCACAAAAUUUUCGAUGGUGAAAAAAAUGCUUUUGGUACUGGGACAUUGGUACUAUCAACGACUUGCAACACUUGUCCUAUACUUCUUCUAUAAAAACUUAGUAUUAGGGAAUAUUAUGUUAUUUUUCCAAAUAAACAGCGCGUUCUCCACACAGUCAAUAUAUGACAGUAUGUAUUUGACGUUCUACAAUCUGUUCUUCACGUCAGUACCGUGCCUUGUUCUAUCUGUGACUGAGCAACGCUGGCCAGCCGAUUUAUUACUCAGGAACCCAAUGCUUUACCGAAAUAUUCGAAAAAACAAGCUCCUAUCAUGGCGGUACUUCGUACUUUGGCUAUCAGGAGCGUUAUAUCAUUCAGUGCUCAUUUAUGGCUUCAGUACUUUAAUCUUCACCUCGGAUGUCUUUACAUCUGAUGGGAAACCUAUGGAUUUGUGGUCAUUCGGCGCGAUACUAUUUCACCAAAUGCUGGUAAUAGUGACAUUGAAGCUGUGCCUUCACGCGCGAUACCACACCCUGGCCUUCGCACUUACCGCUCUACUAUCAGUAUUGACUUAUAUAGCGUUUAAUACUGUAUAUUCAUUGUUUUAUUUCCAAGUGGACGGCGACAUCCUAGGAACGUACACCCGUCUGCUCACCUCCCUGCCCUUUUGGCUUCUCAACCUGGUCACAGUUGCUGCUGCUCUUGCGCCGGACUUCUGUCUACGGAUUCUGGUAGAAAUUAGAGCGCGAAGAAAUAUACGAACGAACACGGAAACACAGCAGGUUUAUUCCACCCAACUUUGA